AUGGAAAUACCCUGGUACAUUUAUUUGAUUAUCAUCAUUCUUUAACUACUUUCAGCAAUGUUCAAUGCACUCAAUAUUGGACUAAUGGGACAAGAUACCAGAUAUCUCGAACUUAUGACUUAAGGUCCAUUUGAGAGUAAAGAUGAUGAAAAGAAUGCAGUUUAUGCAAAGAGAAUUUAUCCACUUAGAAGAAAAGGAAAUUCACUACUUACUAUGAUUCUUUUAGGGACUGCUGCAUCUAAUGCAGUAAUAUCUGUACUGAUGGCAGAUAUUGAGGGAGAUAUCAAGGGUUUUCUAUUGUCUACUUCAAUUAUUACAGUCUUUGAUCAGUAGUUUUUAAGAUGGCCUGCACACUUCUUCUACUAUGCCACAUUUCUUUUCUGUUAUCCAAUAGGAGCUAUCCUCGAUAAAAUUCUUGGUGAAGAAGCUGGAAAUGUGCUUAGCAAAAAUUAAAUGAAAAGAAUGUUCGAACAGUAUGAAAAGUCUUAAUUAUUAAAGCCCUAGGAGAGAAAAAUACUCUCCGCUGUUUUAGAACUUAAAUCAAAAGUGAUAGGCCGAGUUAUGACUCCAAUAGACAAAGCUUUUAUGAUAGAUAUUAAUGCUAAUCUCAAUCAACAUUUGCUUAAACAAAUAUACAGUGAAGGCUAUUCCAGAAUACCUGUUUAUGAAGGAGUCAGAGAAAAUAUUGUGGGGUUACUAAUGACUAGGGAUCUGGUGCUAAUAAAUCUUGAAAACACUAUAGUCACGAUUAAGCAGCUGUCUAGUAUCUUGCUAAGAGAUGUAAUAGCGAUUGAUGUUGAAACAAAGCUAGAACCAGUCCUGAGUUACUUCAAAUAAAAUAACACUCAUAUGGGAUUAGUGACUACGAAAUCUAAAGAAAUCGGAAGUGAACUGACUCUUACGAACGUUGGCAUAGUAACUAUAGAGGAUAUAAUUGAAGAAAUUCUAUAAGAAGAAAUUGAAGAUGAGAGAGAGACUCAAAAUCUCAAAGGAAAAAGGAAGUUGUUAAAGAACAAACUAAUUUACCUCUUUACUGAUCACAAAGCAAAAAAUCAACUCAAUGAUGCUGAAAUCAUAGCCAUUUGCGAAUUUUUACAAUUAAAAGUAGAUAGCUUUAACUCUUCAGUUGUCGAUACAGAGCAGCUUUACCUUAUGAUUAGAAACUGUGAUGUUGUAGAUAUUGAGAGCGAUUCAAACCCAUUUUCUCAUGUAAUCAAUGAGACUAACUACUACACAAGAAAUUAGCUCACAUACCUUAAUGAGUAUCAAAAUAUGGAUUAAAUGCAAUUCGACAAGCAUCUGUAGAAAAACGAAAAUACAAAAGAACAUAGUUAGUUCAAGAAAUUAUCAGGAACUGCACCUUACAAUAUUGACGUUCAAACUCCAUUCUAGAAUAACGUCGAAGAAAUUUAACUAGACGAUCAAAUGAGACUCUAGCAGUAAUAAGAUGAUGAUAAUUCGAAGCUACUUUCAAGCAAAGGAGAGGGUGGGAAUCUAAAUACAGACAACUUAGAUGAUAAAGUGCCUGAGGAGAAUAACUAAGUUAAUGUUACCAUCAUGGGAUCGGUUGAAUUCAAGAGAAAACUUCAAUAAAAUAUAGAUCCAAUCCUCUUUGUUAGAGGUGUUCCAAACAGUGAUUUUUAUCUAAUCCUUUAAGGAGAUGUACUUGUUUGUUCCGGAUCAGAAGGAUUUUUCAUUAAGCUAAGCUCAUACGAUUAUCUAGGACUGAAAGCACUCUAAGAGCAAGAGUAUAAACCAGAUUUCUCGGCUAAAGUUUUAAAUCAAGCCAAACUAUUAAAGAUCAAUUAAUCUUAAUAUAAUCAAUUCAUCAGGAGCUCCAAAUCACCCGAGAAUUAAGUACUAAUGAUUUCACAUAAGUAAGAUAAUCAGCUAUAUUGA